AUGUCUCCCACGGGCUCGCGCUUCACAGCAGCUCUGGUUGACCUCGCCCGCGAUUGGAUGAACCUCAAGCCUCCUGCUCAGGCCCCGGUGCGCAUCGAGUCUGUCUUCGAAUGCAUCGGGAGUUCGUUUGGCCAAAGCGCCAGUGCCAUGCAUGGGCCCGGACAGGAGAACAAGUACCAGCACCGUUGGGCCCAGCCUGGCAAAGCACACGAGUCGAUGUUGCAGAACAUCAUCGAGCACAACAUGCACAUACAGACCGUUCUGAGCUAUAAGCUACAAUUCUUGGACCCACCGUGCACAUCAGCGAAUCAGAAGGAAUCAUGCAUUGCCAAGGUUUGCAGUUGUUCCACGGGCAGCUGUACCACCAUGGGCUGUGUAUCACAUCGACUACCUCUGCUUUCGGCGCGCGACGCCGAUCGAGGGGUACGGGCUGCCCAUCCUGACCCGGUUUGCGCUGACUACCUGUGGCAUGACGUCGUUGACGCCGCGCGGAGGAUGGCAGACGAACGCCUCGGUGCCACUCACGCGGUCGGCCCUCUCACGCGUAGAUUGUGGAAGUCCCCGCUCUUUGCGCUCAACCUCGAGCGUGCGGCGGCGAUGCUUCGGGAUUGUUACCGCCACGGUCAUCGUUCCGCCGUGUUGGGUGACUGGCCUCGCGGACGCCUUGCACGACAAACUCUGCAGUUCGCGGUGCCGCGCGCAGCCCCCAAGGAAUGUUGGGGUUCCGAAUGGCCCUCGUUCACCCUGCAGAGCUUCACAGACGAUGACACCCUGCUCUUGGACAGCGCUGACAGGGCCGUCUCGGACAACGGCAUGCGCGUGGUUGUCCGACGGUCAUUCAUCGAGGUGAUCGAGAUGGAGGAUUGCGCGUCGGAGGCCGCGGGUAUGCGCAGGGUGCACUCCGCACCAGCGCCGGAGAGCAGGACUCCGUCGACUCCGAGCUCAGAUGUGGAGGACCUGCCUCACCAGAUCGACGACGCCGCCCAGGACGACCUGCAGAACGUGGAGGGCAAGUCGACGGUAGUGCUGAGGAACCUGCCCUUGAGCUACACGCGGGACCAGCUGCUUGCGCUCCUCGACGCAGAGGGCUUCGCUGGCAAGUACGAUUUCCUCUACCUCCCGAUCGAGUUCACGACUGGCGCAAACUUCGGUUAUUCGUUCGUGAACCUCACGAGUCCGGAGCACGCCGUGCGCUUCUUCCACCACUUCGAGGGCUUCGGCCGCUGGGAGUCAGCGGAGCGGGCGGCCGUCGGCUGGAGCGUAUCCCAAGGCCUGCCGAAGCACAUCGAGCGCUACCGGAACAGCCCAGUGAUGCACGAGAACAUGCUUGACGAGUGCAAGCCGAUCACGUUGAGCGGUGGAGUGCGCGUGGAUUUCCCGCCACCGACCAAGAAGGUGCCGCUCCUCCGUCGCCUCCGCACGCGCUGCGGCUCGCGCGGGCGCGCCGUGCCCCUCACGGGCCCCGGGGCAAUCUCCAGCGGCCGGCUGAAGGCGGCGCGCUCUGGCCCCGAGGUGCAGCUGCCGUGCCCGCUGCUUCCUGGGCUGAGCACCGCGCCUGGCUGCGGCGGCAUGCGCCAGGACGGGUUCCUGGCGACGGCCAGCCCGCUGCUCGCGGGCCUGAAGUACGCCGGCGAGGAGGUCUUCAGCGAGGCUUCCACCGACGUCCCGAGCCCGUACUCCAGCUUCUUAUCAGCCACCUCCUGCGGGGGGAUGUCGGACGUGUCGGACGCGUCCCCCGUCGUGGCCGCGCGCGGCUCUGCGCCGAGCUCCUCCAACAGCCUGGGCAACCCGCGGUUCGAGUCGAUCCUCUCGGAGGGUUUACUGCCGGCGCCGCCGCCGCCGAAAGCGCUGAAGGACCUCCAGCAGCAACCGCUCCCCGCCGCCGCGCUGUCCAGCGGCUCCCUCAUCGAGAUCGUCGGCACCUACCCGUCCGGGGAGCAGGCCAUCGUCACCAGUUUCGAUCCUGUCGGGGGCAGCUAUCACGUUCAGCUGAUGCGCAACGGCCACCUCACCCACCGCCGCAGGACCAUCAAAUUCAGAAACGCCCGCCUUCUGCCGCACGCGUGA